AUGAGACCGCGGUCCAUGGCGAAGACCAAGGGAGCACCACGUCGCUCUCGCUGCAACCGCAACCGCCGGCGCAACAAGACAGCGCGGCGGCCGUCGAGGGAAGCGGAGCCGACCCCGUCGGGUCCAACGGGCGUGCACCACAUCCCCGACCACCUCCUCGAGCUCGUGCUCCUGCGCGUGGCCACGCCCCUCGCCCUCCUCCGCGCGGCGUCCACGUGCAAGCGCUGGCGCCGCCUCAUCUUCACGGACGAUGCCACGUUCCCGGACCACCGGUCCCUCCGUCCAUCCAGCGUCGCCGGCCACUACCAUGUCGACGGGAACAACCACCACAUCUUCGUGCCGGACCCCGUGGCGGCCGACGGCCUCGACAGGCGCCACUUCUCCCUCGACUUCCUCCCGGCUGUCCCUCACGGCUCACUGCCCUGGGAGCUCGCCGACAGCCGCGGUGGCCUCCUCCUCUUCUACAGGAGGGACGUUGUCUACUACCGGAUGGGUCGAGUGUGGGAAGGGGACCCCGAGUACCUCCACUUCCCUGACAUGCUCGUCUGCGACCCGCUCAACCGGAGGUGCCAGGGGAUCCUCUACUGGGAGGAGAUGUGGCCCUACCAGUGCCUUGGUCUCUUCCUGCUCGACGGCGACGAGCCUGCUGCAGGUGGUGGCUCCACCGGCAUGUCCAACUUUCGGGUGGUCGCCGUGACCUACGAAAGCGAUGUUUUCGAGGAUGACCGUGGCGCCCCCCGCGCCUGCGUGUUCUCCUCCGGCGGCGACGGCGGCUGGCGGCUGGUGGAGAGCGCGUCCGGCGGAGACGUCCCCAUCCCGGAGUACCGUUCGAUCAGCUUCACAGGACGCGCGCGUUCGUCCUUCUUCUGGCGGAUGGAGCGCGAGGGCGCCGUGCUGGCUCUCGACGAUGCCACCAUCCAGUUCUCGCUCGUCACGUUCCCGUGUACCGUCGUGGGGACGCCGGAGGAAUCUUCAGCCUUCCGGGUCAUCGGCGGCGACGACGGCGCGGCGCGCGUUGUACGCGUGAUGGCCAACAAUGACCUCACGGUGUUUCAGCAGCUGCACAGCAGUGGCGAGUGGGUGGUGGAGAAGCUCGUGAGGCUGCCGGAGGUGACUAGCGGGUUGCCGGGGCGUGAGGAGACAUUUUUCGAGCGACCAGCAAAGAUUGUCGCGACGACUACGAGGCACAUCCUCGUUACGCCGCAAGAGGAGACCUGGAUUUUCUCCAUCGAUCUCGAGACGCUAGAGGUGGACCAGGCGCAUGAGAGGAACCGGUACGCCGGCGCGGCGUUCCCAUUCGAACUGCCAUGGCCACCGGCCUUGCGAGCUGAUGACCGCCGUGUCAGGAACUUGACAAGAAACUAGCUAGCUAAACUCUCAACAUCGCAACUUCAGAGACGAAUUCGAGGCGAUCUCGUUAGGGUUUGUAUUGCAGAAAAUGGGGAAAGUAGCAAAGCACGCCACCGGCGGCUAGGGUUUAUACCCAGUUACAAUUAUCAUGCCCACAAAUGAGAAGGGGAGGUGGCUAUAUAGCCAUUACAGAGAGAAAAAAUAAAACAGAAAGUGGAGCAGAGCACAUGGCGUGCCGGGCGAUGAACAGCGAUGCUCUGGGCGAUAGGAGCCGUUGGAUAGAAUGUCUACGGUCUUGAUGAAGAGCCAGUGGCGAACCGUUAUCUUUGCAGGAGAGCCACUGGAUGACAGAUCAACGGCUAUGCUUGAUUCCGACACGCAGAAAUAGGGGAAAUCUUCAGAUACAACAGUACUGGCCUGACAAUCCCCCCCCCCCCCCCCCUGUUGAGACUGAGCUUGUCCUCGAGCUUGAAAGGAAGGAAAAACUUUCUGUAUGAAGGCCGAGUCCUCCCAAGUUGCUGCUUCUUCAGGCAUAUUGACCCACUUGAUCAACCACCUGACGACUGGGAUGCUGAUUUUGCCCUGGAGUCUGGGGAUUAAUUUUCUUUCCAAUAUUGCUUCAGGCUCCAUUUUGAUAACUCCAUCAAUACCUACCAGGGGCAAGUUUUUGGAAGGAACAACCUUUGGUCCAAUGUGCUUUUUUAGUUGGCUCACAUGGAAGGUGUUGUGCAGAAGGCAACCAUCAGGUAGGAGUAAUUGGUAAGCAGCUCGGCCUACUCUUUGCAUGACUCUGAAUGGGCCAUAGAAUUUGGAAUGUAACUUGAGGUGCCUAUGCAGACUCAAUGAUGUGUGCCUAUAUAUGGCUGCAGCUUCAAGUACACCAUGUCUCCUGCCUCAAAGGAUCUUUCAUGUCUGUUUCUGUCAGCAUAAUGCUCCAUUCUUUGUUGUGCUUUGGAAAGAUUUUGCUUGAUCA